GCUCUAACAGUUCACAAAUAUGAAGAUGAAGAAGAGCAUUUAUACAGUCCUCAGAUUUUCGUUUCUCAUUACGGGUUUCUCUCUGGUGUGCCUGGGAGCCUUCUAUAUAUCUUCCAGCUAUGUGUGUAACUGCCAAAGUGAGAUAAUACUGGCCUAUUGUCUGCUGCCCUUAGGAUUUAUUCUGCUCCUGGCUGGAAUUUUUUGGAGCACUUAUCAUGAGGCAAACCACAAGAACCUGUUCCACAGUAUGAUCAGGAGAAUCCAUAGCCAGCAGGAAGUCCAUGUUGAGACAAUAGACAGGCCAGAUUUCUAUCCACCAUCCUACGAGAGUGUAAUUAAUGAAAUUCGUCUGCAGCCAGAGUCAAGCUGUGAAUUGAGAGUGCUUGAAGAGGGUCUCAACAUUCCACCUCCCCUAUAUACAGAGAGUGCAGUGGACAUUGCUGAUGAAGUGUAUACUUGUAAUGAUUCUCCACCCUCAUACCAGGCAUCAGUGCAGUUGUCUAAUACUGAAACCAACUCUGAGAGAGAACCAGAUUCUAUCAGUGUUGAUAACCCUGAGACAUGUGACUGACUGUAUGUGUUACAUUAAGACUGUAGAUUCAAAUGCAAUGUGCAUAGCUCACUGCUAUCAAUGGAGUAAUGCCAUCACAGAAGUACACACAAGCAUUUGUGCAAAGAAAGGACGCUUGUGAUGUCCAAAAGUCAGUGCACAAUGAGCGGAAGAAUAUAAGAAAACUGGAGAACAGAAAAACACAUUGUUUAUAAUAAUAACACUUUUACAGAUAAUGGAGAGACUGGCUUAUCAGUCUGUCAAAGUAAGAAGAAGAAUGUUAAUCUUAUCUCACAACUGUCGAUAGGGCAUGUAAAAAUGCAGGUUGUGGGUCCAGAAAAUCAGACCCACACAAGUCGAUAUUCUAAGGCUGGUGUUGCCAUUUUUGAUACAACAACCUGUAUAAUAUGUUAAGUUAUAUUUAUUUAUGUAACAAUGCUACAAUGCCAACUCAACUUUUUCUGCUAGAAGUGUAAACAUGCAGGAAUGAUGUACUUGCAUGCCAGUUAUAUAGACUCUACAUUUCUGGGUUACAAAUUAAUAUGUGAGUUUACCCCAGUGGCACAGAAAUAAAGAGAAGGUGUUUACAAGCCUUUUAUAGUCCAACAAGGCACUUAUUUUAUAGUACAUAUAAUGGGAAUACUUAGGAUAUCCCUAAUAAGGAACAGAAAGGCUUUCAAUAAACAUAUUAACUAAAAAUUGUGAAAGCACUAGCAGUUACUUUUAAAGAUUCUAAUCCAUAUUACUAUUUUUAGAAAUUCAGCAAUGAAAUAAAGAUUGCCAACUUUAUAUAUACUCCUAUAUUAGUUCUCUUUAAUUGUCAUUAUUUAUUUUCUGGUUUCCACUUUGAACUUGACUCAGGUCUAUUUGACUUGACUCAGGGCUAUUUUAAUUACUCACUAGAUUGUUUGUCUUUAUAUGUAUUAAAAGAUAUUGUAUAAAAUGUUAAAUUGUAUUUUUAUACUAAAUAUAUAUUUCUAUUAAAAGUU